UUCGCUUCUUUGUGCUUGCCCCCUCGCCGCUCGCCUCGGUCUCAACUCUGUUUUCCGUAGCUUCAUCAUUUUGCGUGGGUAACAUUGAAUCAAUUUCAGUUCCUUUUGACUAAAAAAUAUAAAUAAUGGAUAGAGAAGACGGUGAAAUGAGUGACGAUAAUGCAAUGAUCGUUGAUGAUGUUAAAAGUCCUGUAGAGGAUAACAGCAAUUGCACAUUGCUUUAUAAGGCCGAGAAGACGGGGAUAGUUGUUAAAGCUUUAGAGAAAAUUGAUGCGAGUAAGUUAGAAGAGAGAGCCACGAGAUUUGGGCUAAAUUUGACCGGGAGUAGAAUAGUUACGCAGUCACAAAUAGAUGAACUCUAUGCUAAAUCUGGUAUUGAAAGUGGGAAUGAGAGACAUUUUCGGUUUGAUUCUAUACAUCUGCAUGGAGUGGAAGGACUCACUACAAGAGAGAUUUUUGAGUACUUGGAAGACUAUAAGCCAGUAUCAUUGGAAUGGGCUGAUGAAAUGUCAUGCAAUGUUGUUUGUCAAGAUCACAUCUCAGCAGCGUUGGCCUUGUUGGUCCAUUCUCGUGAAAUUAAAGAUGAACAACUAAAAAAAAUGUUGAGUGAGAAAUCAGACCACCAUUGGAGAGAAGGUCUGCCACAUCCAAAGAAGGAUUUAAUACUUAUGCGUUUUGCUACAAAUGGUGACAAGAAAAUACCAAAAAAGAAGCCAGAAAAAAAGAGCACAAGUGAAUAUUUUGAUCAGAGUAUGGAUACAGUCAGUAAGAACCCUUGGGGUGAUCUUUGUAGAUCUUGGGGCGUUUAUGACCAUCAAGAGGUGUUCAACCGUAAACUUCCCAAAAAUGAUUAUGAAGAGGAUAUUGACAAACCUAAUAAACCUCCUAAACUAAGAAAUAAGAAGUUAGCCAUGAGACUUGGAAAGAGAAGUCAUGAUGAUAAAGUUGAUAGUGGCUCAGAUUCAGAAUGGAAAAAGAAAUCUAAAACUCCUCGAAUGAGAAUGCGUGCUGAUGAUGAAGAAUCAAAGAUUAAAAAGAAGAAGAAAGUUGUAGAGUAUGGUUCGGAAGAAGAAACUGUGGAACGGAAGACAUUUGCCAAAGAUACAGAGAGAGAAAAGUAUGCUCCCUUAUCAAUUGAGGUAGUUAAUACACGAAGUGAUUACAUUCCAAGAGAAACAACUAAAUUAUCAGACAAAUUUAAAUAUAGGAAUCACACUGUUCCAAAAAGGGAUGGCAUUCUCUCCAGGCUUGGUGUAAAAGUGGCGCCUACCAGUGCUAGUAUGGCUGUCAUAGAGGCAUCUUCAAGUGAUGAAUACUCAUCUGAUGAUAAUGAUCAUAACAUCAUGAGUAGAGUACAGAAAGUAGGUGGAAAUGCAAGAACGGCUUCUAGUGUUUGGUCAAGAUUGGACUGCGGAGUGAGUAAAGAGAAGACUCAAAGUGAUUUACGACAAAUUUUAAAAUCAAGAAAAGAAAAGAAGUCUGAUGACUUGAGAGAAAGGAUAAGUAAAGCAAAAAAAUCUAAUUUACGAAUUGAAAUUGACAACAUUUAG